AAAUAUAAAAUGGAAGACAAUAAUUACAACCACGACGAUAAUCAAAAUGGCAGCUUUGAGAUGGUCUUUGAAGAUGAAGAAGACAGAAGUGACGAGCCAGGCUCGAAUCAGUACCAAGAUGGAAUUAUCAGAGAAGCUUACAUUGGGGAUGAAGAACAGAAGGAGGAUUGCGAUAGCCAAGAGGAUGACUUUCCAAUGGACGAUGUUAUGAAAACUAGUACAAAACAUACUCCAGAAGAUUUCAAACAUAUUCACGUCAUCGGCAAAGGAUCCUAUGGGAAAGUAUAUCUUGUCAGAAAGAUAGUUCAUACGGAGGAUUCAAAUCAACUCAGUGUUCAACCUUCAGAUGAUACCACUGGAGAACUAUAUGCCAUGAAAGUUUUGAAAAAGGAAGAUCUUAGAGCUCGGAAACAAGUUGAGCAUACCAAAUCAGAAAGAAGGAUCUUGGAAAAAAUCAACCAUCCUUUCAUUGUCGGCUUGCACUGUGCAUUCCAGACCCCAGAGAAACUUUACUUUGUUCUCGAUUACUGACCCGGAGGAGAGUUGUUCUUCUACAUCCAAAAUUUCCAUAAUUUUCCAGAAAAAAUUGCGAGAUUUUAUGCUUCCAACAUCCUUCUUGGCCUUGAAGAACUACAUAGAAAUAACAUAGUUUACAGGGACUUAAAGCCAGAAAAUGUUUUAAUUGGGAAAGAUGGGUAUGCUAAAAUCACAGAUUUUGGUCUAUCAAAAGAGAAUAUUCAGGGUAACCAGCAAGCUACAAGCUUUUGUGGAACCCCUGAAUACCUCGCUCCGGAAACCUUAAUGAGAAAAGGCACUGGAAAAGCAGCUGAUUGGUGGAGUUUCGGGUCUAUUGUCUAUGAAAUGCUCACUGGACUUCCUCCAUAUUAUGACCAGAACAAGCAAGCGCUUUAUGAUAAUAUUAAAAACAAGGAUAUUGAUUUCUUUAAUGACGAAGAGCUUAAUGACAAGAAUGUUUCAGAUCAAGCCAAAGACCUCUUAUCUAAGAUUCUCAUAAAGGAUCCAACUAAGAGACUUGGCGCUGGUGAAAAAGAUGCUGAAGAAAUUAAGGAUCAUCCAUGGUUCACGGAAAGUAGCGAAUUUGAAUGGGAGACUAUUAUCAAUAAAUCGGGUAAGCCUCCAUACAUUCCAAAUCUGAGCAAAGACGAUGACGUAGAUCACUUUGAUGAACAGUUUACAAAGCUUGACCCUCAUGGUUCUUUCAAUCCAAGAGGAACUCAGAAAAAGCUAUCCGAAGACCAAUGGUCUGACUUCGACCUCGAUGUAGAAGAAGAUUCUGAUGAAUAAUAUGUAAAUCAGACUUAUUCCUAUAAAAACAGUUUGAACUUUACCAUAUAAUUGAUUUCAACCAAGC